UGGCAUUCCUAACAUCUGGAGUGACAGAGGCCACAGAGCACUUACCAGCACAAGGCCCAGCCUGAGUUACAGCCAUCUUCCCUCCAGCUCUGCCGGCUACAUCACAAAGAGACAGGCAGCUAGUGGGACCUGCCCCAACAUUUGGUACUGUGAUGUACAGAGGGCACCCUAGUCCUCAACCCACUGAGGCAUCAGUACAGUGUGGAUGCUAGAGGUUGGAGGGAUUGUAUGGAGUAGUGACUUGUAUUGGCUUGUAUUGUAUUGUAGUGACUUGUAUUGAUUGUAUUAGAGAUAGCUAGCUAGAUAAAUAGAUAUACAGGUAAAUAGAUAUGUAGGUAGCUAUAGAAACUGUAGCUAGGAGAGGUUUAUUGACCUCAGGGUAGGACCUAGGAGGGCUAAAGCCCUGGUAAGAAGAGGACAUGUAUUCCCAAGGGGUAGACUACCAUUUACUAAAAAGUAGAAGGCUUCAAUACAUCGAGAGCCAUGAACGAGUAUGCAGACAGUCCUCCAUGCCUGCUACCAGGGCUUCUUUCAUAACCCAGGCUAAAUUACUCCGGGAUGUCCCAGCCAAUAGAAGAGGUCUGGGUGAUCAGCAGCCCAGCCUGGCAGAGAAGCCUCACUAUUCUCAUGGCAAGAAGAAUACAGAACAUCUUCCACACAUUGCAAGCAGUGCUAAAGAGGACUGGGCCCCUGACCCUAAAGUAAGUUUGUCUGUAGUAUCCCAAAAGAUCUUUCAGGGCAACAGUAUCAAAAGACCGGAGCGCAGCCUGACAUUUGCUGGACACACAGGCUUGCUGAAGAAUGAUCCAGAAACAACAACAGCAGGGGAGGCCCAGGAGAACAAGAGGACGACAGCGUUGCUUAGCACGGCCAGAAAGCAAAUGGAAAAAGCCUCAAGUUUAGUGGACGCUAGGCUGUUCCUGGGCCCAGAAAUGGGUAAGAACACCGAAAACCCAAGCCAGAAAUGGCAACAACAGAAGAUCCUGGAGGAUCUGAGGGGGGAUCACUUGGGAGGAGGAGAAGGCAUAGAAAGACUCAAACAGCCUCAAGAACCACACAAGUACUGCAAACCUGUUGCUCCUCUAGAAGAAGAUAACUUUUUGCAGAGCAAGAAGAUCAAGCCCCAUUCUAGACAUCCAGGGCACAGUGUGAGCCCCUUAUCAGCUGGAGAGCAGGAGGCCGGAGAGGAGCAUAAUAAAUCAGUGCCAUCAGGCCAAGGCAAACUGGAAGACAAGAAUGUCUUCAAGGCAAGUGAGUCACAGUAUUUCUUCUGGAAAAAUACUUUCCUGCAUGGAAAUAUAAAUGCAUUGGACCAGAAUCUGAGGGUAGAGGCCAAGCCCCAGCUCCUACACAGGAGGAAGAUGCAGGCUUUGGAGAUGCCCCAAUCUCAUCAAGACAGAGAAGUCUCUGUGGCCCACACCAGAGAGAAAGUACAGCUGUCUCCUUACAACCUCAAACAUGGUGCGUCAAGAGAAAAUAUUAAGAAGCAUAAGAGGCAGGCCAGGGAGGAAGGCUGGGACCCCGCCAUCGAGGGGACCCCAGUCGUUCUUGCUGCUCGGGAACAUUCUUGUGUCCAAGGGGGAUCGAAAGACCACUGUGCUCCGAAGACCAAGUUGAGGGCAUAAAUAGCCUAGUCAGGUACUAUCUACUCAUAAGUGCCAUAGAUUCCACUAUAUUGCGUUAUGUAUAUAUGGGUAGAUGGGAAAGCUUAUGAUAGGGGAAGGUGGGGUUGAAGGCCAGGCCAGCCUUUGAGGGCAAGGUGAUCUUCAGAGGAAGGUAAACAAAGCAACUGCUUGCCAGUCA